UACGCAUACGCUUUCCCAUACCCUCUCCCAUACCCUCUCCAUACCCUCUCCGUACCCUCUCCGUACCCUCUCCCAUACAACCACUCCGCACAGGGCUCGUCGCACACACUGCCCACACAGAGAGAGCACUACCACCAGGCCCGCUCUCGUCUCCGUCCCACCUGCCCUUCCCCGGCCCUUCCCCCGAACACCUCAUCGCACAGCUCCGCCAACCCCCCAUCCCUCAUCAUGGCCUCGCUCAACACCUCCACCAACGGGCCCAACAUCACCCGCAGCUACCAGAACGUCGUCAACACUCCGCCGCCAUCCGGUCCCCAGGCGCAGUCGCCCACAUACGGUCAAUGGGCUGUCUUCGCGGUGACGGCCCCGCUCGUCAGCGCCUUCCAGCACGAUGGAGGGAAAGAGAGCGUCCUGAAGGUGCAGAGCACUGGAGAGGGCGAGUUGCUCGACCUGAUAGACGAGUUCUCCGACGGCCGCAUUCAGUUCGCGUUCGUCAAGGUCAAGGACCCGAACUCGUCGCUGCCUAAGAACGUGCUGGUUGCUUGGUGCGGCGAAGGCGUCCCAGAGCGGACAAAGGGCUACUUCGGCAGCCACCUCGGUGUUGUUUCUAAGCUCCUCCACGGCUACCACGUCCAGGUCACCGCUCGCUCAGAAGCAGACCUUACCCCAGAAAGGAUCAUCCAGAAGGUGUCGGAUGCGUCAGGCGCAAAGUACUCGGGCGGUGCGGACAUCCCGUCGUCAGGCGGUCCUCCACCUGUCGCUGCGAAGAAGCCCGUCUUCACACCCACAAAUGUCGCAGGCGGAGGCGGAGGCUCGGCGUUCAACCCAUUAGGACGCUCGAGGGCACCUGCGCCAAGGGGAGGUGAAGACGCCGAUGGCUGGGGCGCCGACGCUCCAGAGGUCACCAGGUCGCAGCUCGAAAAGGUCGGGUCCGCAUACAAGCCUACCAAGGUCAACAUGGCCGAACUCACCAAGGGAAGAGAUGACACCACCCGCGGCCCGCAAUCGCAGAACGACCGUCCGGAGGUCGUCAGGGGCGCAUACCAGCCUGUCGGCAAGGUCGACAUCGCAGCCAUCAGGGCUCAGGCAAAGGAACAGAAGGACGACAGACCUACCGUGGUCAAGGGCGCAUACGAGCCUGUUGGAAAGGUCGAUAUUGCGGCCAUCCGUGCGAAGGCUGCAGGCGCACCGUCCUCAUCUGGCCUCUCGCCAGCAGCGACCGGAGCGUCCAACAACAAUGCGGAUGGGGGUGAGGAUGAGGAUGAGAGGCCCAGGUCGCUUGCAGAGCGCUCCGCAGCUUUCAGCAACCAACCUGAGCGUCUUACCAGCCUGCCGAAGCCGAAGGUCGCCAACAAGUUCGCUGGCGCAAGCGCAUUCACCGGCACCAAGGCCCCUGCACCCGGUGGAUUUACCGCUCCCAAGCCUGCCACGUCCGCGCCAGUCGGCACCGCGAGCAAGACGUUUGCAGACGAGGGAGGCAAGACUCCGGCGCAGAUCUGGGCAGAGAAGAAGGCCGCACGUGGAGAGAACGUCAACACACCCACUGCAACAACGCCGAUGCAGCCCCAGCAGAGUGGAGGUGGUGGUUGGAAGAGCGGAUACUCUGGCAAGUCGUGGGCACCUGUCCAGACUACUCGUACGGGCCAGUCAGCUAGCAACCUCAGCGAACAGCGUACCGGUGAUGCUCUCCCGGCACAGGAGGAACCUGCUUCGCCACCCGCCGGUGGUGUCGGCUCCCUCAAGGACCGUUUUGCUGGUGCUGCACCAAUGGGCGCUCCAGGAUCUCGACCUGUCCCUGAACCUCAGGCUCCCAGCCCGCCGGCUCUGGACAACUCGAGCAAGCCCAAUGCAGGCGCUCGGGGUGUCCCUAUGCCCGCUUUGCCCAGCCGACCCAGGGAGCCAGAGUCCGAGGAUGAGGACGAUGUGCCAGCAACCCAGACCCAGCGCCUCCCUUCACCGCCCCGCCAGCCGCGCAGCCCAUCUCCGGAGCCCUCAGGUUCCCCGGUACGCAUUGCUAUGCCUGUAGCUCGCGGAAGGGAGCCCGUGCAACUUUCGCCAGCGGAGGAGCAGCCUCCUGCUAUGCCCAACCGCUCGCUUGCCCAGGCUGCAUCGCAAGCCCGGGACAUCUCUCCAGAGCCCAAGGUCGAGGCGAAGGACCCUGCUCGCGGUGCUGGCAUCGCUGUUGCAGCAGGCACUUUCGGAGCUGCUGCAGUGGCUGGAGCCGCCGCAGGUGCAGUUCUUGGUUCUUCUGGCCAGGACGACGAGGACACCGGCGCUGGAGCUGGAGCUGGAGCUGGAGCUGGCAAGCGUGCCGUUAUUAUCUACGACUAUGAGAAGGCCGAAGACAAUGAGGUCGAGCUCCGUGAGGGUGACCAUGUAACCGAUAUCGAUAUGGUGGACGAGGACUGGUGGAUGGGUACCAACUCCCAGGGCGAGCGUGGCCUCUUUCCUGCCAACUACGUCGAGCUCGUUGAGGGCGAUGACGAUGCAGCCGCCGCCGCCGCCGCCGCCGCCGCCGCCGCUCCUCCACUGCCUUCGCACCCCUCUGCUCCUCAGGAGGUCGAGCCUCCGGCUGCUGCCCCACAGCCCGCUGGUAGUUCUGGUCCUACCGCAACUGCGAUCUACGAUUAUGAUGCUGCUGAGGACAAUGAGCUUAGCUUCCCCGAGGGCGCCACAAUUACAGGAGUUGAAUUCCCUGACGAGGACUGGUGGCUCGGAAACUACAACGGCGCGUCUGGUCUGUUCCCGGCCAACUACGUCCAGCUGGACGAGUAGAAUAAGUACACGCAAGCAGUCAGGACAGUCUGACACACAUUAUUGUAGUGGGACUCGGAGCAUAGGUACAAAAAAUUUCGAAGAUUACUGUGUCCCCCCCCC